GCAGAACUCGAUGUACGUAAUGUUUCAUCUUUUGCAUUGGAUUUUUGGGUCGCCUUUUGGACAAUUUCUCAUUCCGCUGAAUUCCUUCCUCCUGGUAUCGCACAUCCUCGAACUCCAUGGGAUUUGUCUUUAUUUUUCUCCCCAAUUUGAACAAAGAGGCGAAGACUGGCGGUAAAGAGGAAUACUGGGCACUCGGACACUCGUCGAAAAGCGGCUCCCUCCCGGCAAUAUCGACCCCUUACGAUUACACCCACACGGCUCGGAACGUGGGUAGGACAACCCCCAUGUUUCCAGAAUGGCUGGAGCUCCCACCCCACAGACACCAGUUGUAACAAUCGGCUGCCGUAUGCUGAGGUCUCCAUCCCACGAAUCUGUCACCACGGAUCUCUCUCUCUUCUCCGUCUCCUCAGUCUCAUCCGAUAAAAAGGGCCUGCAUUUCAUCCGGGGCCCUAGCCCUAACCCCGAUAUAAGGCCACAAAGGCCGGCGGAUAUACCUGAAAUAUUAUGGUUUGAGGAAGAGAACGAAGUGAUAAAAAGCUGCGGAGCGCUGAGUUCGGCUUUAGGCCUCCAAAAAUCCUUCAGCACCUCCGACAUAUCACAGCUACCGUCUCCACCCGGCAAUCCCGACCAUCUCAGAUCUGCUGUUUCCGACAUCGCGCUAAGCAGUGCACAAAAGUACAGCUACAUGGUAGGCGGCGGAAGGCUGGACGCUAGCUCCAGAUCUUGCAGUACGUGGGUCGCUGUAGGCGACGUGACUUCUCAGCUUCCUUCACCUCACGGGAGGCCUUCUGCACCGCAUCUGGCACUCACGCCCGCCGAUCUGGUCAGAUCGGUCAACAAGAAAGUCCGGCAGAAUUACAUAAGGCGGAGGUUGUUGACUACUUACAAAGCUUUGGAAAGGCUUUCGCAAUCAGAAUUCAACUUGGAUCGGCUGGAAGCCGUCGCUGCGGCUGCCGCGACCACACCUUCUGCCAACAGGCUGUCUGUGCCAGCGCCGGAUUCUGUCAUCAGAUCCGUGGGGAAACACAGAGGCAUUAACUUAACUCUCACCUUAUCCGACGUCGAGAGGGAGAGAGGAAAACCUUUGUCAAAAUACGAUAGGAACAUGAUGAUUUUCAACUGGCUUCAUACGCUGGACGACGCGGAAGCGAUACCACCUUAGAAACGGACGACUCUUCGAAAGAAAUCUUCAUCGAGAUAUCAGUGCCCGUAUUGUUCAAUUCAACCCUCAUCCCUUCCCGCAGAACGAACCCUCGGUCCGUCAAACCGUUUCAGUCUUUCUCGAAGAAAAUUUCAUUCCUAUUUUAUGAAACCUACGUUACUAUUAAAUAUUACUAUAAUUAUAAAA